AUGAAGUGGUUUGUAGUAGCUGCCUUUACAGUGUGCAUCUUUGUGCCCACCGCUUCCUGUCAACAGGAACCAAGGAAAUACACCGCUUUCAAGGCGCUGCUGCUGCAGCCUUACUCCCUCUUUGACACAGAGCGGGUCAGGAAACUCCUCUCUCUCUCUGGGCUGGGUAAUGCUACUGCUCUCGAGCUCAUGGAGAGCACGCUGUCCCUCCUAGGAAUAGAUGAGAUUCCUCUUCACUCACGUCUUCCUCUGACAGUUACCGAUGCCUCCACAUGGCCAAUAAAUUACCCCCAGUAUUGCAACGGAACCCGACAGUCACCCAUUAACAUCAUCUCAGCAUCUGCCAGACCAAAUGAUAACCUGACUGAAAUUCAUUUUGAAAACUAUAAUGACUCUUCCAAGAUAGAUUUCAUAGAAAAUAAUGACAACACAGUCAGAGUUAAACUUAAGGAAGGAGUUAACAUUACAGGAGGGAACCUGUCCGGACAAUAUCAAGCCGUGCAGUUCCACUUCCACUGGGGCAAUGGCUCCUCUGUCCCCGGCUCAGAGCACACAGUGGAUGGAAAGCGCUAUCCUAUGGAGUUGCAUAUUGUGAACACCAAGUCAAGCUACAAUCGGAAUAUAACUCAAGCUGCUACUGACUCCACCGGAAUUGCAGCACUUAGUUUCUUCAUUGAGGUAAUGUCAGGCAACUCAACUGGCCAACCAGAAAGCUGGCGCAAUUUGACCUCUUACUUGGCCAGCAUCACAGAAAAAGGCCAGAACGUUUCAAUUGCAGCCGGGUUUUCUCUGAAAGACCUACUCAACGGCGUGGAUCUCUCUAAGUAUUACCGCUACCUUGGAUCCUUGACGACCCCCAAUUGUAGUGAGGCGGUGGUCUGGACCGUUUUUAAGGACCCGAUUAAAGUCAGCAAAGAUCUGAUUGACCUCUUCAGCACCACAGUGCACUUCAACAACAGCACCUCACAACUGAUGACAAACGUCUACAGAAGCCUGCAGCCUGCACAGCAAGUCUGGACUCAGAGCAUCAAGGCCUCUGCCUCCACAACCUGCUUCUCCCUGGGCCCUCUGCUCCUCAGUUUUGCACUGGGCUGGAGUUGGAGCUAA